UUUCAGUUCAGCGACGGCAGCGCACAGGUGCCAUUCGGAAAGUGCGGACGUAGUAUGUACAAUAGAAUGUUUGCCGGCGUCACUACACCCAUAUAUCCCAGUCCUUGAGAGAUUCCUUAGCCCUCCUCCCCACCAUUUCACUCUCACGCGCUCUUAGCUCCAUUGUAACUACUACCUAUACCGUUAAUCACACUCACUGAACAGAGCUUUUGUCGCUCUCUUAACUCUCCCUACCCCACUGAUCCUGUCGGUGUCCCUUUCUCUCUUUUGUCAUAGUCUUACUCUCCUAACUCUCUCUAACCACCUGUUAUCAUUACUUUCUCUCACAUUACUCUCAUUUGGCAUUGCACUCUCUCUCUGAUCCUUUAAUCCUCCCACCUGCCCCCCUCAUGAGUGCGUGCGAGGCUACGGUAGCAAGAACGGUAACGAGAACGGGUACGGUUUCGCGAAAGUCUGACGCCCCCGCUUUCAGAUUCGAUGUCAUGCCAAAGAUAACGAAGCCAGCAGAGGCGGCGACGUCGGCGACGGCGACGGCGACAGCGACAGCGCUGACGCGAGCAGCGAGCACGAUUGAAAUUGAAAAUAAAUGCCCGGAGGCAGAGGCGACGGCUUUCAGUUAUCAGAGAGCAGCGAAGCGUGCAGCACCGCAGAAACAACAUUGCCUCGCAGCAGAGAUAUCAGGAGAGAUAGCACCGAUAGAGACACUCGACCUCGUCGCCAGAUCCAAUAAUCCAUGUGAAGACAUCUCCGGGAGCUCACUGGCCCUUCGCAAGGCUCGACUGAAAGCGGAUUUCUUUGGCGGUCCAAGCACGUCCUUAUCACAACAGCAACAACAACAACAACAACACCAAAAAUACAUCAAAACCCAGACCUGGGCAAGAACGGAGCCACAUAAGCCCGUCCAGCAGCUGAUCGAACAGUUCCAGGCCAUGAUUGUCCAACAGGAGCAGCAACAGCAGCAGCAGCGGGAGGCCGCCAAGGAGGCACUGCCAGGAGCCACUGCCUCGGACGAGGGCUGCAAUGUCACCGGCGGAGGACUGAGCCCCUACAGCAGCGACAAUGAAGAUCUAACCGGAGGAGGAGGAGGAGGUGGAGGUGGAAGAGGCCUCUCGCCACGUCUGAGGAAGAGCAAGGUCACCCGAUGCGCCAGCAGUGACUCGGCCCUGGGACUGGAAGUGGAUGACAGCAGCAUGGACACCAUGCCAGUGGCCCCGCCCCAAAGGAGGAUGACCCUGACGGUGACCGAUCUGCCACUGAGACCGGCACUACUGCCACUGGCCGAACCAACCGCCCUGCCGGACUCCCCCCUAACCUCGCCCACCGGGUCCGCCAGCGUCGCCGUGCCCACCAAGGUGCUGCUCGAGGAGCGAGUGGUGGCCGCUCCGGGCUCUCGGCGGGAGUCCACCCAGAGCUCCUACAGCGAGCUGGGCGCUAGUGGUUUCCCGGCUGGAGUGCGAUAUGUGCGCACCCCCUCGGUGGUGGUCAGCGACUACUCGGACGACAUCACCGCCUGCGGCAUCAGCAUGGAGGAGAUGGAGUACUUUCGGCUGCAGAGGGCGCGUGUGGAGCGGCGGUGCUCCCUGGAAGCGGGACAUGGCCAUGCCGGAUUCGGAAUGGGAUCGGGAGGCGGCGGAGCUACGCCGGGAUGCCCCAAGGACGAAGGCCAGUCGGAUGUCAGUGCCGCCAGUAGCUGCAGCAAUCUCUACUACUGCGGCUCCACCAUCUCCGCCCUGGAUGGGGGCGAGUGCAUCGUGAAUGGUAUCCGGGUGGCACUAGCCCGCAAGGGCAGCACCCAGAGCAGCAGCCUCAGCGACGAGGAUGAGGAGGAGGUGGAUGAGGAGCUGGAGCUGGAUGAGCAGCUGGAGCAGGAGAGGCAGCGCGAGGAGGAGGCGUACGAGCGGGGGGAGCGGGAGCGGCAGCUAAGCGAACUCCUGGCGGCCACACAGCUGGGCGAACGCCAGAGGGACCGCUCCAAGAAGGUAGGCGCUCCACAUGGCCACUCUGACGUCACAAACCAGGGAAAUCUCAAAAUAGAAUAGAAAAAAAUCCAAAAAAAAUUUUAAUUCUGGGCUCUACGAGUACCGGGAAGGGAAGAAGGGGACUGCCUCCUUGCCCAAAAAACAUUUCAAAUUUAAAUACUAUUAAUUUUAAUUUUAAAAUAUAUUUUUUUUAAUAGUAAUAGGGAAGGACUGAGAGGCAGAGAGAGUAGUUUGCCACGAACAGAGGAGAAAGUAUUAGUUAUUUUUUAUUAAAAAAAAAUAUUAAAUAUUAAAUAUUAAAUAUAUAAACUUAUGAUUUCUAAAAAAUAUAUUUUAGAAAGUCUUGUAUAUCUUAGAAAUAGUUUUUAUUAAAUAAUUAAAUAAUUAUAAAGAAAAAACAAAACUAAAAACAAAUAUUUUUCUUUUAAGAUUUACAUUUUUGGAAGUCUAGAUCUUAAAAAUUGAUUCUUUAAAGAGUCUAUGAGUUAAAAAAAAGAUAUAUUAUUGGAUUUUAUUUUUAAAGAAAAUAUAUCUUUUUAAAAGUAUAUUUUUCAGAUAAAAAUUUCAAUACUUUAGACUCAUAUUUUCUGAAUAAUAUUCCUGAGAUAGUAUUCUUUCUGUCUGUUUCUAAAAAAUCUUAAAAAAUAAUCUUAAAACUUCUUUAAAUCCCUCAAAUACUUCCAUAAAAUUAUAAUCAUUUUUCUUUUUUUAAAUUUUAAUUUUUCAAGACCCUAUCUCUAAGAUAUAAACCUAAUUCCCGACUUCAGAUGACGUUCUCCCCUCUGUUCGUGUGUGUGUUUGCUUAAAAGGCUGUUAAUUAAUUUGAUUUUUAUCUUAUCACUAAAAAAAAAAUAGAAAAAAAACUUCUUUUUUGUUCUCCGCUUUUCGUUUGCUAUUUAUUAUUCUUUUUUUAUUUUUGGCGUGUGUGAGAAUGAGAAAGAUAUGGUUGAAGUUUUAAAAAAAUUAGGGGUGCCUUGAUAAAAAAACAAAAACCCAAAAACAAAAAAUAGAAAUUAAAACGUUGUUUCCUUUUUUUUUUUUUAUCUAGAACUAUGGCUUAUCUUAGUUAAGUUUAUAUUGUAUUUUAGAUAAAUAUUAUGAAUGUACAUACCCCCUAUAUAUAUUUACUGUUAUAUAAUGACAUAUACACACUCCUGGCAGUUUGUAAAGAAAAUAAAUAUUGGAAGCCCAA